CGCUUUACUGCUUAUCGCAACUUUCAUGCUGCCCCGCUUCCAAGGCUCUCAAAUCUCACGCCCGCUCUCCCAUUUUUCUGACCCCUAUAGCUUCCCUUUAGGGCUCGCCUCUAGCGCUGGUCCACGUCGAAGGGAACAAGUCGGUAUCGAGCAUAGAAGAUCAACUGCAACCUACUGUAUGACCCGACGAUCAUGGCUCUCUAUCCCUCGAAUAAGGACCAUAACACCGAUCCGAUUGUUUACGCGACCUCCCAGGCCGUCCAAGGAGGGCUUGGUGCAGUUCCGAGCCUCAACAAUUGUAAUGUCACUGUGAACAUCUUCAACACCUGUAAUCACGUCAAUAAUGAAUUAACGACGAUUGGCUCUCGCCAUCCGAGCGACCGUCGCGAUCGAGACCGGGACAUUUACUUUUGGGACAGUCACAAUAACACACACGCCAUGAGGGGAUUUGUUGAUACAGGGUCAGAUGGUAACUUCAUGGCCCUAGGGAAGGCGAGGCUUUUAGGCUACCCGAUCGAAACCGAUACAGGAUUUGGUUUCUCCUCAGCGGACGGGCGCAAUAUAACAAUUGUUGGGAAGUUUCGCUGCUCCUGGUAUAUCAACAGUCGAAGCUUUACAGAAGACUUCUUUGUUCUUCGAGACCCACCAUGCGACGUCAUCAUAGGAUUUCCGAGAUUAGAUCAACUUCGCCUUAACGACACGCAAUUACUCGUGUUAGUUAAGAACUUUGGCUUCAAGAAGAAAGAGAAGACUGAGCAAGCCAGAAUUCAAGCUGAAUACGAAAAGCGAACGGAGUAUCAGGAGAGGGAACGCACCGCAAGGCUUCUCGAAGCGUCGUCCCCGUACGCGCGGCCAUCAUCCGGCCAUCAAUCUACAUACACUACCGUCACGUCCUUCCAUGCAUCUCCUGCAGGCCAGACUUCCGCCGCAAGAGAUUGGAUAUGGUCAGAGGUACAUAAGGCCUACUACCGAGUAACCACGGAUAAUGGUGUGCCUUCUUACGAGUGGUUUCACUCCCGUAGACAGCCAGCAUAUCGCGCAUCAGAGCUAGCUCAUGCUCCAAACCCUCCAUCAUCUUCAACUCCUCAACCGGCUUAUCCACCACCCCUUCAACCCCUUCAAUAUGCCUCAGCCACCACCCAACCUCUCUCUUCAGCUCCUCGAUUACCUCCCGCUAUGGCAUCAACUGUCCUCCCAGAUCAUUGACUGGUUCUCGACAUACCUUACGCAUCAUCAUCACAUCUGAAAAGUCGUCCACGAUCCCGUUGAUGUGUUCCAAAAGUUUAUUUUGAGAAGCGGUCGGGCUUUCUGUGCCAGGGGAUGCUACCUGGGUGCUUUCGUCUUGCAUACCAUCAUUUUAGAAUUGGAUUGUAGCAUUUCGCGUUGCCAUCCGCGUUUCAGGGCCCAGCGCUUCAGAAUCGGGCAUAAUCACAAUUAGAAAGAUUAAGCAAAUGAGUGGAGGAAUAUUAGACCGCUUACCAAUUGAGACGUCUGAGGAUAGGAUUCUUUCCGAUUCUAAAAGCGAUUGGAAGAGAAACUGCAAACUUGGUUGCGGUACUACAUCGGCAAACAUGGAAUUGUGAAUUUGGGAGGUGGACAUGGGGAACAAAGAACUGCAUCUU